AUGUUAUAUCAGAGACUUGAGCAUCCAUGGAUUUUGGCAUUUCCGGGGACCCUAGAACUAAUCCUCCAUGGAUACCAAGGGAUGACAAGUAAUUCACCAGGCGGAGAGCUGAGGAGAGCACCCUGUUAUGUUCCCUUAGCCCUGGCCUCGCUGAUCGAGAAGUGUGCCAAAGACAACAAGGACUGCAGCUCCUACGGCAGCUUCAGCGACGCAGUGCUGGAACUCUUCAAGCUCACCAUAGGCCUGGGUGACCUGAACAUCCAGCAGAACUCCAAGUAUCCCAUUCUCUUUCUGUUCCUGCUCAUCACCUACGUCAUCCUCACCUUCGUUCUGCUCCUCAACAUGCUCAUUGCUCUGAUGGGCGAGACUGUGGAGAACGUCUCCAAGGAGAGUGAGCGUAUCUGGCGCCUGCAGAGAGCCAGGACCAUCUUGGAGUUUGAGAAAAUGUUACCAGAAUGGCUGAGGAGCAGAUUCCGGAUGGGAGAGCUGUGCAAAGUGGCCGAGGGAGAUUUCCGACUGUGUUUGCGGAUCAAUGAAGUGAAGUGGACUGAAUGGAAGACGCACGUCUCCUUCCUUAACGAAGACCCGGGGCCUGUAAGACGAACAGAUUUCAACAAAAUCCAAGAUUCUUCCAGGAACAACAGCAAAACCACUCUCAAUGCAUUUGAAGAAAUAGAGGAGUUCCCAGAAACGUCGGUGUAGAAGCGGAACCCGGAGCUGGUGUGCGCGUGCGCUGUCUGGCGCUGCAGGCGGAGUCACCGACUCUGUGCAGAGAGGAUUCCAGGGAUGAUGGAGUCCCGCUGUGCUGGCCUAGAAGCAGAGUGCACCCUCAUGCUCAGUGCUCAGUGGGUGUCUGAACUGAGGGGCAGUUGUCAGUUUGUCUGAGUGGGAAACAUCCUGGAUUUUGUUACUUGGCAAAGAGUUGGUGUAAACCUACAGCCCGCAGCAGUCUGGAGCCUGGGAGCCUCCUGAAGUCCUGGGUGAAGCCUCUGGUUUUACCAAUUGCAGGUCAGCUUGGCUGGGAGAGAUGGGUGGCGGGGAAGGGGCAGGAGCCUUGAGGAGGAGGGAGAGGAGUCUUUCCUCCUCCAGCUUCCCCCUGUCAGCCCCAACCCCAGCCCACACAUUGUACCAUCUCUCCUGCUGUGACUGGGUUGCCUGAAUUUGUGGGAGACCCUUGAUUCCAUCCCAGAGUGUGCGGGGGACGGAGCUGAAGGGGAAGCUUGUGAGAGAGAAGCAUCUGCCAAGACUUCGAGCUUAUUUUUAUGUCCUCAUCCUCUGAUGUUCUCCUUCUGAAAUGACACGGAGUCAGUCUGGGGGGCAGAGGUGAAGUGGAGACGGAAGGAUUUUCCAGGUGACCGGGGCCAAAACCACCAGAACAUCCACUCUGCCGCCACUGUCUGGUGAAAGGAUUCAUGUAAAAAUGUUCGAGGUGGAAUUAUAAAAAUAGUAACCAUAAGUGUUAAUCUUAAAUAGCAGAAAUAGAAACUUGGCCUUCAGAUAACAUGGCGAUUGAUUAGUUCAUCUGGCUUGAGGCAAACUGAGGAGUCCGGGCCUAGCAGUGCCCUCUGGGCCGGUUUCUCUGCCCUGGGCCACUCUGUGUGCCAGACUAGCUGGACAGAUAGAGACUCUGUGCCCCUGAUGGGGCUGGCUGGGGAGAGGUGGGCUGGGGUGUGUGAGGCUUCACCAUCCACAGCAGCCCCUGCCCUCCCAGCUGACCCAGGGAGUAACCGCACGCUCUAAGCCACAGUGGUCGGGGCUGGGCGUGGACCGCUGGAGAAGAGAAGAUUUGAGGGGGACUGUCCUAGAGGCAGGAGGAGCGGAUGUGUUCCAGAAUGGGCAGAACUAGGAAACUGAGAAAGAUUUUGGCUCAAUAGAAUCCAGCAACUGCUCCACAUGUUGGAGAUGUGUAAGCAGAAGCUGGUCGAGCACUUAAUGAGGAAUGUUGUUGAAAAUGGUCAUUGGAAGAAGUUUAAGGUCUCUUUUAGCCUGGAGAUUGUACAAAUCAGCAUUCCACAUCUGGAGUUAGCGACCCGCAUUAAGCCUGAACAGACAUCUUGGUCUGAAAGGAAGUGGUUUGGAUUCAUGACGCCACGCUCUACACUAUGGAGCUGGGAAUUCCAGAAUUGCUUUGACUUAGAUAUUAAUGGAGAAAGUUAUAUCCAUUCAUGGAUAAAGCCAUAUCUGUUACGGAUAAAGCCAUAUCCAGAAUUGCUUUGACUCAGAUGUUAAUGGAUAAAGCCAAUUAUUGAUUUCUAUUUGCCUAACCUGCCAGCUUUUGUCCCAGUGGCGAAUGGAGAGCCACAUGGAUGUUUGUCGUCUCCCACGUUUUGGUGAUCUGCUGUCUGUGGGUCUGGAUGGAAUUUGUUGGCAAGACCGUUUUCUGUAUUGGAUAGUCUUCCCAACAGUGUCCACCCCAAAAGGCUUUCAGCCAAAAGGUCUGAGCCUAGGUAGGUUUACCAAGGGAAGCCAUGAGUCAAGAAGCAUCAGAGUGAAAAGGAUCACUUCCUUUAUUUUACCCGCAGGGGCUAAUGCUCCGAGAGGAAUGUGUACUUGGGCAAAGUCAUGCAGGAAGGUCAUAUCAGAGCUGUGCAGGCUGGAGUGUCCUGAUUCUUGGACCACAGAUGUCUCCCUGAGCCAUUAUUUAUUUAUUUUUGAAAAGCACAGUUAUUCCAUCAUUUUGAGUCUUUCUUUGUAGUUGGCUUAUAUUGGGGGGCAGGACUGUUUUCUCAGGUGUCUCAUUUGGCAGUCAACAUUGUCCCCUAUGUUCCCUAUGACUAGUUGAAAAUUCAAGUGUGCCCAUAGGGAUGCACAAAACCACACCCACACCCCCCCCCCCACACACACACAUACCCACACCCCAUUGAACCCAUGGGUCUAUCAGGACAUCUUAAAACUCCGUGUUGACAUUUCAGUAAUUUCAGGGGAAGGCGUUUUCCAGGGAUGGGGUCUCCCAGGCUCAGAUAGUGCCUUUGGCUGCAAAUGCUCCUUUAGCUAAACUUUUCCUCAGGAAGAAUUCAUUAUUCUAGACAUGAUGUGAUAUAUCUGUUUGGAAUAAAAGGUGCUUAACCUUCCUCCCUGGGAUGUGGGAGAAGGUGCUGGAGGUUGUACUGUGAAGUCUUUAAGCUCUUAGAAGGCUCCAGCCUGAGAGAGCCCAGUAUUAUUGACAUUCCUUUCCUUCCUCAAGGCCUGGUGACCUGUGACCUUUCGCUCUGGGCAGGGCCCAGGUAGAUGGGCCGUCAUCCGGGCCUGUAAGCCGUACUUGAUUUCUGCAUUGAUUUACAUUUUUUUACUGUGAUCUUGGUUCUAAACACAGAAUUGUCACUCCAUUCUCCUUGAAUGUGCCGGAUCCUUGUAAAUUCUCAUUUACCUACUUGUUCUUAGUGUUGUGUGUGUGUGUGCGAAACUCUAUGUUCAAGAAAGAAAUCAUACAAAGAGUAAGAACAUGUUUGUGCCAUUGAAGAAAUGGUUUUUUGAUUUCUAAUAAAUAUUUAUUUUGCCGUGUUA